AGGAAUAAUGAGUGGAAAGAGUAUAAUCGCAUGUGACGUUAACGCAGUACCUGACUGUAGAUCUUUCUUUCCGUCUUUUCGUUUGCUUUUGCGGACAACGUGGAUUUUAGGCCUCAGUUUUCGCCAAACGCAGCGCCAGCAAAAUGCGAACCAUCAACACGAGUCAGUGCGUGAAAAUCCCAAAAGGAGUGACAGCCAGUGUACACUCCCGCACAAUUACAAUCACGGGUCCCCGAGGUAAGCUAGAACGUAGCUUCAAGCAUCUCGCUUUGGACAUUUACAUGGUUCACAAGAGAACCAUCAAGGUGGAGAAAUGGUUUGGUACGAAGAAGGAAUUGGCCGCUGUCCGGACUGUGUGCUCUCACAUCGAGAACAUGAUUAAGGGUGUGACAAAGGGAUUCCAGUACAAGAUGCGUGCCGUGUAUGCCCAUUUCCCCAUCAAUUGUGUCACAUCCGAGGGUAACAGCGUCAUCGAGAUCCGAAACUUCCUCGGUGAGAAGUACAUUCGCCGGGUGCAAAUGUCCCCUGGGGUAACCGUUGUGAAUUCCACGAAGCAAAAGGAUGAGCUGAUUCUCGAGGGGAAUGACAUUGAGGCCGUGUCCGGAUCCGCGGCACUCAUUCAGCAGUCCACAACCGUGAAGAAUAAGGAUAUCCGUAAGUUCUUGGAUGGUCUCUACGUGUCCGAGAAGACAACUGUUGUACAGGAUGAAUAAUAAAAGUAAAAAAUAAACAGAAUGAUAUCCACCACGAUAUAAA